GUGUGUGUUAUGUGUUACCGCGGCCCGAGCAGCAGCAGCCGUGUUGACAAUAGGCUGAGAGAAACAGAAUUACAGACGAGCACCGGGAAACAGAGCCGGGGUUCUGCGGAGGACCAACAGCCUGGAUCGCUGACGGGAAUGUAACUGCGCUGAUCUCAUCGUUUCAUUCAGCAGCGUAGAGUUGUGGGGGGGGAUUACUGGCUGUUGUGGGCCGAGGUUCUGCUGCUGGGGAGAGGCGGUCCGACCUGCUGGAGCAGCCGCGCUUUAGCUGCAGCGAUCACACACCAGAGCACCCUCGACGCGGAGGAUCAAGCAGGGCUAUGUCCUCGGCACCGACCACAUCUCCAUCUGUGGAUAAAGUGGACGGAUUUUCACGGAAGUCUGUCCGGAAGGCCAAGCAGAAGAGGUCGCAGAGCUCGUCCCAGUUCCGCUCUCAGGGCAAACCCAUCGAGCUCACGCCCCUGCCGCUGCUCAAGGACGUGCCGGCGCCGGAGCAGCCGGAGCUGUUCCUGAAGAAGCUGCAGCAGUGCUGUACUGUCUUCGACUUCAUGGACACGCUGUCGGACCUGAAGAUGAAGGAGUACAAGCGCUCCACGCUCAACGAGCUGGUGGACUACGUCACCGUCAGCCGGGGCUACCUGACGGAGCAGGCCUACCCCGAGGUCGUCAAGAUGGUGUCUCACAACAUAUUCCGGACCCUUCCGCCCAGUGACAGCAAUGAGUUUGACCCUGAGGAGGACGAGCCCACCCUCGAGGCCUCCUGGCCACACUUACAGUUGGUUUACGAGUUCUUCAUCCGCUUCUUGGAGAGUCAGGAAUUCCAGCCCAGCAUUGCCAAAAAGUACAUAGAUCAGAAAUUUGUUCUACAGCUCUUGGAGUUGUUCGACAGCGAGGAUCCUCGAGAGAGAGACUAUCUGAAGACGGUCUUGCAUAGAAUCUACGGCAAAUUCCUGGGGCUGAGGGCUUUUAUACGAAAACAGAUCAAUAAUAUUUUUCUACGUUUUGUUUAUGAGACGGAGCACUUCAACGGGGUGGCGGAGCUGCUGGAGAUCUUGGGGAGUAUAAUCAAUGGUUUUGCACUGCCGCUGAAAGCAGAGCAUAAACAGUUUCUGGUCAAAGUGUUGAUCCCUCUCCAUACGGUCCGGAGUCUGUCCCUCUUCCACGCACAGUUGGCGUAUUGCAUUGUACAGUUCUUAGAGAAAGACCCGACAUUAACGGAACCGGUCAUCAGAGGCUUACUGAAGUUCUGGCCAAAAACCUGCAGUCAAAAAGAGGUGAUGUUUCUAGGAGAGCUGGAGGAGAUCCUGGAUGUCAUUGAACCCACACAAUUCGUCAAGAUCCAGGAGCCACUCUUCAAGCAGAUCUCCAGAUGCGUGUCCAGCCCCCACUUCCAGGUGGCAGAGCGAGCUCUGUACUACUGGAACAACGAGUACAUCAUGAGUCUGAUCGAGGAGAACUCCAGCGUCAUCCUGCCCAUCAUGUUCGCCAGCCUCUACAGGAUCUCCAAAGAGCACUGGAAUCCGGCGAUCGUGGCUCUGGUCUACAACGUCCUCAAGGCCUUCAUGGAGAUGAACAGUUCCCUAUUUGACGACCUCACGUCCACGUACAAGUCAGACCGGCAGCGUGAGAAGAAGAAGGAGAAGGAGCGCGAGGAGCUGUGGAAGAAGCUGGAGGACCUGGAGCUGAAGCGGGGCCUUAGGAGCGACGGGAUCAUCCCCACCUAACAGAGACAGCUCCUGCUCCCUCGGCCCCCCAGCCCGUCCCCCCCCACCCUGACCCCUGACCCCUGACCCCGGCCCUGCAUCAGCCAUGUCUGCCCAGAGCUCCUGAUUCAGGCCGUCUCCUCUGGAUUCACGCUGAGACCCCUGCUUUCUUUUUUUUAAUAGUUUUUUUUUUUUGGUUCUUUUUUCUUUUUUUCCUUAUAAUAAUUAUUUUUUUUUCCUGUGUUUGUGCGACUUACUUUACAGUAGAUUCAUCACGUCUGUUUUCAUUAUUUCAACAGCACUGUAAAUAUUUUUUUUCCCUUAAACGGAUAUUAUUGCAAACAGAAAAACAACAUAAUAAUAAAAAAAAAAGAAAAAAAAAUAGAAAAUGAGAAAAUGACUUGUGUUGGAGUGGGAUUUAAAAGAACAACCUUUUUGAGAGUAUAGAACAUUAAAUGAACUCCUGAAAAACAAAAAACAACAAAAAGAAAAGAUGGAUUAAUUUUAAUUCUUCAUUUGACUCCUUUUAAGUUCUCACCCAUAUUUGAUUUCUCCGGUUCUCCUUGCUCCCCUCUUGUGGACUGCAUCUGUCUUGUGGCGUCCUCCACCGGGGGCCCAGAGUUCCACCCCCCCACCAGACGUCCCUCCAGGAUGCUCCGUCUGUCUGCAGGUUGGAUACCCUGCCAUCUUUUUUUGUUCUUUUGGUUUUUUAACGGGCAAUAAACUGAACAGACUGGGUCCUCCUCAGUUCUCCUGA